AUGCAUCCCCUUCACCUCCUGACGACAGCCCUCCUCACAACAUGCACAUCCUCUUUGCCUUCCUCCCUCUCUCACCAAAGACCUAAAUUUGAUGACUCUUACACGAAAGCCUUUCAGCCAUUCUCCUGGUCCAGCGCUAAAGUCCGCGGCGCAAAUCUGGGCGGUUGGCUUGUCCAGGAAGCCUCUAUCGACACAGCAUUCUGGAACACCUAUGCCCCAGACGCACCAGACGAAUGGACACUCUGUACAACACUGGGCUUGAAAUGCGCAUCCGUCCUGGAGCACCGCUACGCCACAUUCAUCACAACAUCCACAAUCGACACCCUUGCUUCUGUCGGUGUGAAUCUCCUGCGGAUCCCCACCACGUAUGCUGCAUGGAUAAACCUCCCCGGGUCCGGUCUAUAUAGCGGAAACCAAAAGGCCUACCUCCGAAAGAUAACGGAGUACGCAAUCACGAAUUAUAAUAUGCAUAUCGUUAUCGACGUGCACUCGCUUCCAGGUGGUCUAAAUGGGCUCGACAUUGGCGAGAAGAAGGGAAAUUGGGGUUGGUUCUAUAAUGCCACCGCAUGGAACCACUCUCUUGAAGUCGUUGAUGCCGUGGUGGAAUUCAUCUUUACUUCGAGUUCGCCGAGGUCCUUUACGCUAGAGCCUAUGAACGAGCCGACUGAUCGGAAUCGGGACGAUGAUCUAACGAUGGCUGUUUUUGGGACACCCGCGGCGCUGUCGGAUCGUGCUGCGGCUUAUGUCAUGAGCUUUUGGAAGGCUGUACUGGAGCGCGUGAGGACACUGGAAUCAGGAAUCGGGUCUGGGAUAAGUGGGACUAUACCCGUCGCUUUCCAGAGCUUUAAAUUGCCCUCCUAUUGGGGUGGGAACUUCACCGCGGACUCAAAUGUCGUCUUUGACGUGCAUAAUUAUUACUUCGAGGGGCGGAAUACUACGUCUGAGAACCUACCGACAUAUAUGCGCUCUGAUGCAGAGGAGAAGUCAAUAACUGGCAAUGGGGUUCCUGUCUAUGUUGGCGAGUGGGCGAUCCAAGCGGCGUAUAACAACAGUUUUGCGUUAAGGGAGAAGAAUCUGAACGCUGGUUUGAGCAUUUGGGAGGAGUACAUGCAGGGCAGCGCGUAUUGGACUGCAAAGUUUGAAGGCACUGAUGAAGUCAACGGAGAGGGGAAUAAGAGUGAUUAUUGGAGUUUCGGGGGAUUUAUUGAGCUAGGUUAUCUUGGCUGA